AUGUUUGGUCAAGCUACUAGAGGUGCCUUUUCUAACACCACUCCAUUUGGGUCAAAUAAUACUAAUUCUAUGUUUGGAUCUCAGCAAAACAAUGGGUUUAAUGGUGCCAACUCAAGUAACAAUGCCUUUUCUGGGUUUGGUGGUUUUAAUUCUAUGAAUAACAACAACAACAAUAAUAAUAAUAAUACUAGCACUGGAUCCAUGUUUGGUGCUAAGCGAAAUAAUAAUGCAUUCGGUCAAACCCAAAAUUCUCCGUUUGGUAACGCAUCAAAUGCGAAUAAUAACAAUUCAGUGGGUGCUUUCGGUCAACAAAAUCAAUCUUCAACGUUUGGAUCAAAUAACAAUUCUAAUGCAUUUGGUGGUUCAUCUUUUGGUCAAAAUAACAACAGCAACCAGCAAUCUGGUGGUCUAUUUGGACUGAAUAACAAUGCGACUAUGAACAAUCAACAAUCUGGAGGUUUAUACGGUCAGAAUAAUAAUAGUCAGCAACAAGGUGGUUUAUUCGGUCAGAAUAAUAACACUCAGCAGACCGGUGGCUUAUUUGGACAACAGAAUAAUAAUAAUGCACAAUCCGGUGGUUUAUUUGGACAAACUAACAGCAGCGCUCAAUCUGGUGGCUUAUUUGGACAAAACAAUAAUAAUAAUGCACAAUCUGGUGGUUUAUUUGGACAAACUAACAACACUCUUAAUAAUAAUCAACAACAACAGGGAACUUUGUUUGGCCAAAACAAUAAUAGCCAGCAAAGUAAUGGAUUAUUUGGUCAAAAUAACAACAACCAACAAUCUGGAGGUUUAUUUGGACAAAAUAAUAAUAACAAUAAUCAGCAGCAAGGUGGUCUAUUUGGUCAGAAUAACAAUGCUAAUACUAUUUCUAACAUGAACAACCAGCAAUCUGGUAGUCUGUUUGGCCAAAAUAAUACAUCUUCAAAUGCUCAAAGUGGAGGUUUAUUUGGAAAUAAACCUGCAGGUGGUUUGUUUGGUUCAACACCUUCGCAACCUACUUCAUUUGGUAAUAAUGCUUUAGGUAAUACUAUGAACCAACCAAAACUCACUAGUGGGUUGUUUGGACAAAAUUCAGCCACAUCCAAUAAUCUUUCCGGUGGGCUGUUUGGAAACACAAACGCCUCUAAUAACAAUAAACCAGGUGGUUUAUUUGGGAACACAAAUAAUUCCAAUAACAAUCAAGCUGGUGGUUUGUUUGGUAGUUCAGGUGUAAACAAUGCAACUAAACCUUCUGGAGGAUUGUUUGGUUCAUCUACGACUACCUCAAAUACUACAAAUCAACUGGGUGGCUUCUUUGGUGCAAAACCAGCAACCCCAGCUGUAACUUUAUAUGGUAAUAACUCAACCAAUACUAACACAGCCGGUUUAAAUUCUACACCUGCUUCCGGAGGAUUAUUUGGUGGUCAAAACCAAAAUACUGCUUCCACUAAUAUUGGCACCGGUCUUUUUGGGAAUUCUAAUACAUUGGCCACAGGAACUCCAACGACUACUACGGGUUCAAUAGGUGGCUCCACAUUAAAUACAAAUACUGGUUUGUUUUCUUCUGGCGCAAAUACAUUACAACAAAACACUGCCCAACCUGCUCCUAAUGCUCAAUCGAUGAUGACCGCACAAAAUGUUGAAUCUUUGGACAUAAAUGCUACAAAAGAAUUAUUUGCCAGAGUAUCUGUUCCUGCAUCAAUCACUAAACCUACUAAACCAAAUAUUACCAAAAUCAAUGCGAAUAUGAAAUUGAAAAUUGAUAUGACCUCUGCUUAUAGAUCAGCCCCAAAACCUUUGUUCUCCACAAAAAGUUUACUUGAUAAACAACUUGUGAAGAGUGACAAAAGUCACAGUAAGAGUUUCCCCGAUACUAAUUCAAAUGGUUUUGAUGUAGCUACCGAACGGUCAUUAAUAGAUACAACCAAAUUAUUUUUCAAUCCUGAUAGAGUUAAUUUUAAAUCAAUUAUUAGUUCUAAAAAGAAACCUAAAGAUAUCAUGAUUAAAACUGAAAAGGUACAAAUAACUAACUCGAUUGAGGAAUCGUCUGAGACAAAAUUAAUAGAACUUACAAAUAAUGUUAGUGGUAAACCUGCACAAAAUGAUAAUGAUGAAACAACAGUGGCAAUUAUUAAACCUCAAGGCAUUAUAAGCGAUGAUAUUUCAUUUAUGGGCAAUGGCUAUUAUUUAACUCCGUCAAUUGAAACGCUUUCCUCUAAUUCAUUGUUACAGUUGAGAAGCGUUAAAAACUUAAUCAUUGGACAUAAAUCAUAUGGUAAAAUUGAAUUUUUGAAACCGGUAGACUUGACAAAUGUCUCUCUCUCAGCAUUAUGCGAUUCAAUUGUAGUUUUUUCUCCCAGAACAUGUGCUCUCUAUCCUCUGUCGUCUCAUAAACCACAACCCUCUGAAGGUUUAAAUAUUAAGGCACGCAUUACAUUAUACAAUUGUUUUCCAAUUGAUAAGUCCACUAGAACGCCUAUAACGGACCCUACACAUCCAUUAGUAGUAAGGCAUAUUCAAAAGUUAAAAGAAAAUGUAGAAGCUUCCACUUUUGAAAGCUAUGACCCGGUGACUGGUACAUAUGUUUUUGUAACUGAUCAGCCAGUCAAAUGA